AUGAGUGCUUUGGACGAACUGCCUACCAGCGCGCCUCCGCCAUACCAUUACUACACAGCCUACGACCGAGCAACCCCAAAGGACAUACAGAGAUAUGGCCGAUCCAAAGUCAUCGCCUGUUUAGGACUUCUGUUCGGCUUUCUGGCCUUCAUUCGGCGUUAUCCAAACUUCAGCGGCGAUGCAUUGAUAUUGCCAGACGGCACUGAAGAACUGCGUGACGGCCUGGAGAAGUGUACGAAAAUCGAAACCCUCAUCGGUCAGGAAUGUUCAUCUACUCGAAGCAAUCCAAGGUGGAUCGCGAAACCUGGAAAAAAGCGUGCCAUCAUUCUUCGCAAUGCCACCCUAUUUGAUGGUGAGGCUUUUGUGUCAGCCCGAGUCGAUAUCCGCCUGGAAAAGGGAGUCAUAAGCGACGUCAAAGAGACUGGAGACCUGCACGGCCUGAUCAACGAUGAGGUUGAAAUAGUAGACCUUGGCGGAAGCUACGUAACGCCAGGGCUGGUGGACAUGCACUCCCACCAUCUGGUCUGGCCAUUCCACUCUCUUCCAGCUACUCGGGACGUCAACGAGACUCCCCUGCUUGGACCUAUAACGCCUUUUGUACGGUCUAUUGAUGGGUUUAAGCCGUAUGACCCUGCCAUUGAAGUCAUUGCUGGCGGAGGAGUGACAUCGUCUCUGAUCCUACCUGGCUCCGCAAACAUCAUUGGCGGCCAAGCCUAUGUCGUUAAGAAUGUGGCACGGAGCGGUCCCGAUCACGAACCUAUUGUGGAGGAGCUGCUCUUAGACCACGGCAUUGAUGAGGCUAAGCGUGUCAGGUAUAUGAAGAUGGCCUGUGGAGAGAACCCCAAACACACAUAUCUGCACACUCGAUUAGGCAACGUAUGGUUGUUGAGGGAGCAUUUCAGCAAGGCCAGAGAGAUUCAACAGCAGCAGGACCAGUGGUGCCAAGCUGGUUUAGCCGUGUCUGAAACAGGAGUGAACAAAUUCGUACAAUCGGCAGGCCGAUUUCCAGACCCCUUGGAAUAUGAACCAACCAUUGCCAUGCUGCGCGGCCAAGUAAACAUCAACAUCCAUUGUUAUGAACCUGAGGACCUCGAGCGCAUGCUUGCAGUGUUACAUGAGUUCAACCUUCAUCCUCGAGCAUUCCAUCAUGCACUAGAAGCAUGGCAGGUGCCAGAACUGCUGAAAGCGGAAGAACAGAACGUCACAAUUGCGACUUUUGCAGAGAACGCCUUCUUCAAAGCCGAAGCAUACGGCGCAAGUCUGCGUGCAGGCAAGGUACUCGCGGAACAUGGUGUUGCAGUCGCCUAUAAAUCUGACCAUACUGGUGAGGGCAACAACGCAAAGUACCUACUACACCAAGCAGCGGUGGCACAUUCCUUCGGUCUGGCGUCCAACAAGGCACUACAAGCCAUUACGUCUGUGCCAGCUCGAUCUAUCCAACAAGACCAUCGAAUUGGCUAUGUGAAACCCGGCUACGAUGCUGACUUGGUCGUCUGGGAUUCCCACCCACUUUCGAUCGGAGCGACGGCUACUCAGGUGUAUAUCGAUGGUCAUUCCGUGCUCGAUCCGGAGGUGGUCAGCGAGAGCUUGUUCCAGGCAGGCCAAACACGUUCAAAGGCUGCAGAGCCCAAAGCGCGACCACAAGUGUCUGACCAGGAAAGGCACUCGCUGUGCUCGAAAAUGACAACUCGACCCCAGAGACUCAUUUUCACUGGAAUCCAGAAGGUUUAUUCUCCACAUGAGGCACUGGGUUUCAACAAUCUCGCAAACGCCACGCUCGUUGUUGAUGGAGGCGAGAUAAUCUGCUUCGGACUUGAUGAGAAAUGUGCCUCUUCCGCAGAUGAUGGUGUUCUCAUACAUCUGAAAGAUGGACAUGUCACGCCUGGAUUAGUGGCCGUUAGCCAAACGCUUGGUCUCGUUGACAUCACCGGAGAGCCUUCCACUAGCGACGGUACCGUAGACCCAAAAGCCCAUGUGGCCAGCGAAGAGUCCAUUGAUUUCGCCAAAUACGGACUACACAGCGACAGCCGGGGUUUGGAGCGAGCCAGACUAGGCGGUAUAUCGAAAGCCGUCACCGUACCUCAAUUACGUGGUGGUACGCUGCGAGGUGUGAGCGUGGCUUUUAGAACCAGCAAUUCGACAAGCAUACUCGAUGGAGGCAUCUACCAAGAAGAUGUUGCGCUGCAUUUUGAGCUGAGCCAGGCUUCUAAGGCUGGCGAAGUAUCGACCAUCUCGGCAGCUAUCAAGCAACUUCGCACGAUACUGUCGCAAGACCCAUCUGGCUCAGGCAUUUACGCACGCGCAUGUAAUGGAAGCUUGCCUGUGGUCAUUCACGCUGUUAAUACUGACAUUAUUCGCCAAAUCAUCUGGCUAAAGAGGGACUUCCCAAAUGCCAACCUCGUUAUCUUCGGCGGGCAUGGGGCUCCGCUGGUUGCAGAAGAGCUCGCCCAAGCUGAUAUCUCAGUCAUCCUCACCGCCAAUCGGGGUGUACCGGACACUUGGGAGAAGAGAGACGCCUUGAGCGGUCCUCCAUUGACGCGAAGCCCAGCCAGUGUUCUCGCUGAAGCGGGUGUGAAGUUCGGUCUGGCAAUUCAAGGCGACUCCCACAUCCACAACCUGGCCAGCGAAGCUGGCUGGGCGGCACGAUAUGCAGGGCUCGGCGAAGCAGAUGCUAUUGCUCUAGUAUCGACGAAUAUCGAAGAGAUUCUUCGGUUGAAAUCGACCAAACUGAAACCCUCGAGCCACGCACUUGGCGACUUUGUUGUCUGGGAAGGGAAUCCGCUACGAGGCGAAGGCAGUGUGGUGUUGAGCGUCCAUGAGGAUGGCGGUGUGGGCGCCUGCUGGCCAGACGAGUGA